GUUUCUUUUCUCACUCUCGCUGUAAUGGAGUUGUUCAUCUUCAUUGCUUUUCAGCUUCUUAUGGAGGUUCAGACUUACAAAUCUCCUGCUGUAAAAGUUUUUCCAGAUGUGCUAAGAGAGUCCAGCUCAGUGAAGAUGAUCUGUGAGACGCCAGCAGAUGUUACAGUGAAACAGUGUCAUUUCUACAGAAACCGUGAACAGGAGAAUAAUAAAGUCAGUCCAUCAUGUAAACUCGAGCUCACUGGUGCUGAAGUGCUCAGAUGGGCAGAUGUAAAAUCACCUGCAUCAGUCGACAUUUACUGCUUCUACAUAAUAACUGAGAACGGGAUUAAUAAACCAUCACCUCAUUCUCCUGCUGCUACAGUGACGGUUCUAGGUUCACUUCAGAAACCCAACAUCAGUGUUAAUGUUGAUGAUUUCCAGAUCAACAUAACCUGUGAAAUACCACUUUCAGUCAGAGCUUAUUUCCCCUGUAGUCUCUAUACUGAGGAUGUUCUUCUGCACACACGCAUCUCUCAGAUUCAGAAGAGUCCGUCUGGAGAGAAUCAUUGUCUUCCUCAGGCCAACUUAACAACAUCUGCAUCAGUUAUUAAGGAAACAGACACCGUUCAGCUGAGCUGUGAGAAUACUGAAGAUCUAAAGAUGGAGAUGUGUGUCUUUAACAUAAAUGGAAGAGAAAGUUUCUCAGAACUGAGCUCAUCAUGUCAGCUCUCACUCACUGGAUCUCAGAUCAGUAUUUGGUCAGAAGGUCAGAGUUCAUCUGUGAGAAUAACCUGCUUCUACAUUGUGAAGAAGUCACAAGUUCAAACACCAUCUCCUCACUCCGAUCCAGUGACAGUAACAAUCCAGAGUGAGUCUUGA